AUGACACCGGAUGCGGGGCAGAAGACGCCUUGUGGUGGCACCGGAGGACCCACCCGAGCUCGCACAACCCUAAGGAGACGUGGACACCGAGUGCCAGGCUCUACGGGUGACAGUCAGGACAAGCGACUCGCCGUCCUCCUGCAUGAUGAUGAUGUAGUCUACAGGUAA